AUGUCGCGGAUUACCGACUCGGACGCGGGCUCGGAGAUGGAAACGGAAAUGGACAUCCAAGGCGACAACACGACCAACUCUACACUUCCAUCGACCGACGCGCAGCCGCUGCCCGCCAGUGUCGCCCAUUCGCUGCUGUUCGAGCUGCCACGUGAAAUCAGAGAGAAGAUCUUUAGUCUGCUGCUGGCCAUCCCCGAGGACCGUAAUAUCGAAUGGCCCACGCCGUACAAGAGGCGACCCUACCACAUCCAUCCCGCUAUCUUGCGCACCUGUAAGAUCGUGCUGAGUGAAGCGGCGCCGCUGCUCUACACGUUGAACACUUUCGAAUGGACACACCCGUCCGACGCAAAUAUCUUUGUCCGUGCCUUUGCGUCGCCCAUCUGCGGACGACUGAUCACACGCGUCCGGCUGGAUCUCAAGGCCACUGACAUGCGUCUAUGGAUGCCCUACCUGACCUCCACCGAUGAGGUUCGCAGCCUGAGGGCCGACUUCCCCAACAUGCGCGAGCUGAGUCUGCGCUAUCAGAGUGUCAAAUGGAUGCACAAUCGCUCGCCAGAGGACAACCUCAAGGUCUGGAGCGAGGACAACAAAUUGGAGGAAAUGAUGCGUGGCCUGCGGAGUGUAUUUCCUUCCAAGAUCCAUGAUGACAUACAUGACUACGACGAUAUGGGUAUCGGCGACCAGGAAUUCAGGGACUAUCUUCAGCAAAAUCCUGUCAACYUUGACGAUGUCAACGAAACGAGAGAGUUCCGGACAAGGCUGCAUGCAGCUCACAAGAUCCACCAUGCGGAGAAGAUGCGCGUUGCGCGGGAACAUGCCGCUGCUUUGAGGAAGCGAUACGUCUCUGUCCCGGUCAUUCGUGUGACCUGCGCCUGUCGGGUUCCGGAGGCGCAUUUCACCUACUUGACCUCUCCUUCCGCCGCAACUGCUCGGUCGACGAUUUUAGCUCAAUUGCAGUCAGAGCCACCUCUUCCCGUUCAAGAAGGCGAGGCUUUCCGCGGGUUCACGGCCGUUGAUUUUCACAAUUAUAUACAGAGGGAGAUCGAGCCAGAUGUCGGUACCGUUGGGGUUGCGCUGACGCCCUUCACCGAUAAACAUGGCGUUCUUCUCGCGCUGGAGAUAGACUACAAUGAGCCGAAGAUCGUUCGGAUUGAUUAG